GCCGCACUGGCAGGUGAAGAUGUCUGUGUCUAAUGGGGAGCAAAUGCCACCCCAAAUAAUAAGGAAACUCAAGAAAGUUGUCUUUGCUGAUCUCUGAAGACCGCUUCCCUCAGACAGCGCUGCACACCAUGAUAUGGAAGUUUUCCACAACUGAUGACCAGCUCAAACCCUUUUGGGAAACCCCUUUGUUUAAAAACUGUCUUUACAUAAACUUAAUAUUUCAUAUUAGGACUCAAAGACAUUCAUACAUUCAAAUAAGUCUCUAAAUUAAAAAAACUGAAGAGCCAAAAGCAAAGAUGGCGGUGGAAAAGUGGUUUCAGUGCCAGAUGUGGAAGCUGUUGCUGGUGAACAUUUUAUCAUGUGGCCUAGAGGUGUGCAUGGCUGCAGGAACUGUCUACAUCCCACCUCUACUGCUGGAGGCCGGCAUGGAGGAACGCUACAUGACUAUGAUGCUGGCUGUGACUCCAGUUUUGGGCUUGAUCUUUAUACCCAUGAUUGGCUCUGCUAGUGAUUCGUGGAGAGGCCGCUUCGGUCGACGCCGGCCGUUUAUCUGGAUGCUAAGCCUGGGAGUUUUGCUAGGCCUGCAGAUCAUUCCCCAGGCCCGGAGCCUGACUCUUCUGAUUUCACCACAGCACCCUCACUGGGUGGAAGCUGCCCUGCAGGCUGUAGCUGUAUGCCUUGUUGAAUUCUGUGCACAGGCCUGUCUUACCCUACUGCUUGCCCUGUUGUCAGACCUGUUUCCUGGGGAUGAAGAAAAUCGCAAAGCAUUCUCAGUUAAUUCCCUGAUGACGAGCCUGGGUGGAUGCUUGGGGUUUUUGUUUCCUGCUGUGGACUGGAGCCAGAAACCCAUAGCAGCAUACAUGGGAGGGCAGAAGGCCUUUGUUUACACCCUGCUCACCCUCCUCUUCCUUGGCUGCCUCCUCACCACAACCUGCAUCACAGAGGAAGCAGGAGCCAAGGGAGAGAGGAAGACUCUUGCUCAUCCCCCUUUAAAAAGUUUGAGGAGCAGCUGCUGUCUGUUCCCCUUCCUGCCUUGGCCCCGUCGUUUCCGUGAUGCGCUGUGUCGAUGUGCAUCAGAGUGUCUUUCAGUGCUACGUCGUGUGUACGUGGCGUACAAACAUGUGCCGCAGGUCAUAUGGAGACUUUUUGUGGCAGAGAUGUUUAGCUGGAUGGCGGUGAUGAGCGUCAUGCUUUUCUUUGCUGACUUUAUGGGGGAGGGAUUGUAUCAGGGAGUGCCAAGUGCAGAUCCAGAAUCACCAGAAAGAAAAAGCUAUGAUGAAGGUGUGCGCAUGGCCAGUCUGGCCCUCUUCCUGCAAUGUGUGGUGUCGGUGCUUUGCUCCAUGCUAAUGAACCGCUGGGUGGCUCUGCUGGGAGCCAGGCAGGUGUACAGUAGUGGUGUGGUUAUUCUACUGUUGGCCACCACCAUCAUGAGUGUCUCAGACAGCGUGACAGUGGUCACUGUCAUGGCUGCUGUGACAGGGUACACACUCUGUGUCCUUCAGGUCCUGCCAUACACACUGCUGUGCCUCUAUCACUCAGACAGACAGGUUUUUUUCAAGUCAUCCAGACCCAGACCGCUUCAGUGCAGCGCAAGUAACACCCCAACACUUACCAAGCCCGUUCCCUCACAUGGUUCACUUGAUAAGCACCAAGCAGGGGGGCUGACACUUCCUGGGGUGGAGUUCUCUGUUGGGUCACCUCAUGUAUCACCUUUAGUGGGUGGAGGUGACAGAGCUGAAGCAGAUUCCACACAAGUGUCACAGAGAGGGAUGUGCUUUGACAUGGCGAUACUGGAAGGGGCGUACCUGCUGUCCCAGGUGCUGCCAGCAAUGUGCCUCGGCUCCAUAGUGCAGCUAACCAACAGCGUGAGGGCUUACAUGGCCUCCGCCUGCUGCUUCAGCUUACUGGCUUUGCUCUUUGCCAGCAGAGUUGUCUACAGCGACGCUGACCUCCAGCGCUGAUCGACUGUCCAUCAAGAACAUAAGCAGACAGAAAAGUAUUCUGCUGUGAAAAGUGCAUCCCGAGAGUUCUAGUGUGGGAACACACUGCAUUGAAGGUUUUAUAGAUAUUCAAGGACCCACUGAAGCUUGCUGAAACUGUGAUGUAUAAAGCAGUCACAUAAGAAUCGUGCUGCCAGUUUAAGACUCAUACCACAUGGCAAAUGUAGUGUCUUCUUAAUACAAUAAAGUCUAUGGAUGCUGUAUUUCUGUCACAUAUUGUGAUCAAACGGUGUACAGAAUACACUGCACGCUCAUGU